UGUGGCGGAAAGUGAGGUGCUCCACUAAAGUUGUACAAAUACUGGCGCUUAUAUGGAAGGGUGCACUGACAGCACUUUUUAUACAAUAGGCUUGUUUACUUAUUUACUUAACGAUUUAAGUUUAUGUUACUUGCAAUUUAUUAUACAGAGCCAGUUUACUAAGCAUAAACGGUAAACUCUUAAUAGAAUAGCACCGAAAACUUCGCCUUUGGCAUUUUCAACUUUUCAGCAUAGUAGAAGUUUGGACAAGUGAAGCACAUGUAUACGUACUAACUGUAGUAUGGAGUUAUAUGACUGGUGUUUGUGGUGGUUACAUGAAAUAUUUUGAAUGUUUAAUUCUAUCAAUGGAAUUUCAUUACCGAAAAGCAAAAAUCUGAAUCUUGAAGAAGUUCUUUGAGAGUGAAGAAUUUAUGGAACUUUAAAAUGGAUGAUGAAUUUCGUUUUGAUUUGAAUCCAUAUGACAGUUUCAUGAGAAAACAUUUGGAACACUAUGGAUAUUACACAGGUCGAAAUGAGCGCUAUUCCUCUAACCUUCUAACAUUCCGUGAGUGGGAUAAGACCUAUAGCUAUGAUGUCAGCAGCAGUGAUUCCAGUGAUUCUGAAGAUGAGGCUGAAAAUAAAGACAGUGGCAUAAAUAGGGAAAAGAUAGUACAAAGUGGCAGAAGUUCUGUCUCAGAACUCUAUCUCAGUACCAGUGAGCAGGGAACUGAUGAUGAUAAUGAUGACGACAGUAACAGUGUUCAAGAAAAAUCUGCCAACAGCAGUGAUUGUAAUAACCUGUUUCGGGAUGAUUUCACAAGAACAACUCAGUUGGUAUACAGUUACCAGGCCGGGAAAAUGGUGCCCAGGUUACGGGAGCCCAGGCAGCUGUAUGCAAUGGAGUUUGGACCACAACAGGCUGCAAGAUGGCCAUCAGAAAUUGAAGUGCUGGAUGAACUGAUAAAACACAUCAGUUAUGUGCCACCUGAACCUGAAGAAUUCUACCGUCCAACUGGCUCAGAACUAAGGCCUCUUGCUAAGGGAGAGGAUGAAGGCCUCUGUGUUUAUUACUAUGAUCCACAACCAGGACCAUUUUUCAUGAAGUCUCGAGUUGGUGGGUUGAGAAAUCCUCUUUCCAGUACAGCCUAUGCUCACAAGCCUCAGUCUCCAGAUGACACCACCCUAGUCUUUGAGUCCAGGUUUGAAAGUGGAAACCUUUUCAAGGUGUACAAAGUUGGAGACUAUGAGUAUGAACUGUGGUUGAGGAAUGACUUGUACACUAACAAGCACACACAGUGGUUUUACUUCCGUCUCUCCAACACCAGACCAAAUGUCAAAUACCGGUUCACCAUUGUCAACUUCAUGAAGCCUGACAGCCUGUACAACAAUGGCAUGAAACCCUGCAUGUACAGUGAUAAGAAUGCUGCCAACAACAAAAUUGGCUGGGUUAGGGCAGGCUCAGAAAUCAAAUACUACAGGAAUAAUCUAAAGUAUAAUUUUGGCAAAGGAGGUGAGAGGAAUUACUACAGUCUAACCUGGACAUGGCAGGCUCAGUACAAGGAUGACACUUGCUACUUUGCUCACUGCUAUCCAUAUACAUACUCAGACUUACAGGAAUAUCUUAUGAACAUUGCAAAUGAUCCAAUCAAGUCACGGAUCUGCAAACAAAGGGUGCUGUGUCGUACUUUGGCAGGAAAUCUAGUCUAUGUUCUCACCAUAACUUCUCCUGUGUCAGCCACCCAGGGACAUGAUAGUAAAGCAAGAAAGCUGAAGAAGGCAGUGGUGCUAACUAGCAGGGUCCACCCUGGAGAAACUAAUGCUAGCUGGAUGAUGAAAGGCUUCCUGGACUUCCUUACUGGGACUUCACCUGAUGCCAAGCUCUUACGUGACACAUUCAUCUUCAAAGUUGUGCCAAUGUUGAACCCAGAUGGAGUGAUAGUGGGGAACUAUCGCUGUUCCCUCUCUGGGCGAGACCUCAACAGAAAUUACAAAACUAUCCUAAAAGAUUCUUUUCCCUCCAUAUGGCACACAAAGGCCAUGAUUAGAAAAUUGAAAGAUGAGCAUGAGAUUGUCACAUACUGUGAUCUCCAUGGACACAGCAGGAAGAUGAAUGUGUUCAUCUACGGCUGUGAAAACAAGUACAAUCCAGACAAGAGAUUUAGAGAGAGGGUCUUCCCAGUAAUGCUCAGCAAGAAUGCCUCAGACAAAUUUUCUUAUGAGUACUGCAAGUUCAAAGUUCAAAAGAGCAAAGAGGGCACAGGACGCAUAGUGAUCUGGAACAUGGGGAUAAUGAACAGCUACACUAUGGAGGCAACAUUUGCUGGUUCUACCCUUGGCAAGAUGAAGGGGUACCACUUUAGUACUGCUGACUUUGAGGCCAUGGGCUACCACUUCUGUGAUACUCUGCUGGACUACUGUGAUCCAGAUAAAACCAAGUGUGACAACAUUCUCCUUGAACUGGAGGACCGUCUGAAGCAGGAGGUUAUGAAAAAGUUGCAGAAAGAUGGCGGUGCAGAAGUCAUCAACCUGGAGGAUGACUUCACCAGUGAAAUGGAGUCCAGUGAUGGUGGCUCAGACAGCUCUGUGUCAGAUGGGCUUCCUGUACAUCUCCAGUACCUGGCUGACAGGCUUCCAAAGAAAAAGAAAAAACUAAAAACUAAGAAGGAGAGAGACAAACACCAGUGUAUUGCCACUAAAACAAAAAUACAGGCCACACCAAUAUCAGUGGAGGAGAAGAAGAAACCACAGCCUGCCAUGAUCCAGCCCCCACUCAAGUACACCACAGUGCCUCCCCAGCGCACCAAGUCACGGGAUGACAGAACCAACAACGGUAUUCCUAUCUUUGUACAGGAAAGGUGUGAAGAGAGAGCUACUAAGAAGCUGUUGAAAGAAUUAGCAAAGAAGACUGAGUACCUUGAUGCCUUGACCCAAGCUUACCUCAGAAGUGGAGUCCUAGUUUCCCAAGAUCCCACACCUUUCAAAGUACCUACUGCUAGUGCUACUUCUUUGCCGUCAGCAGUAGGCAAUGGGGCUGCUGGAGUCACUCCGCACCUCCGCUACUCAGCAAGCGGAGACAAUAAUUAUAGUAACCUUUUCCUGGAGAGUAAUACUAGUAGCACUGCAGUCAGUGUCCCACCUUCUUCUGAACACUUAAGCCAACACCAUGAGAGAGCAUAUGCUGCACACUUAAUGAACAACCAGCAACUGCAUUCUGUUGUUAGAGAAGCUUUGCAUGAUGUUAUUCCUUGGCUUGAAGCACACCAAGUUCUGAUGCAUCCUAAGUACAGAGAUCUCACUGCACAAAAGAUUGUGCACCAUAUUAAAAAAGAAGAUAGAGGUGGAAGUCGUGGAGGUCGUAACAGUGGCGGUGGUAGCACUGGGGGCAGAGACUCCACUGGGGCCAAGAGUGUCAGCAGUUUUUAUCAGUGGGGACCCAGUCCUCCACCUAGUGCCAAACCGUCUUCUCAAGCAGGUGCCCCUGCUGCUGCUGCUGGCGGUGGUGGCAGUGGUCGCCAUGUUACUGGAGGGAAUGGACUGACUGAGUAUAAGCCUUCACAUAAACACCUUGUAGAACUGGCAGCCGGUCAGAAGAGACAACAAGAUCUGCAGCACUGUGAACACGGGAGAAAAGCAAGGUCUACACCAUACCUAACCUCUCAAGAUGAUGCUGACAAGCCAGCACCGGAUGGACCAAUCAAAUUCCACCCUCCGCCCUUUGAUCCCAACAUUGAUCAUAAUGCUGAUGGCGGAGCCAAAAGAGGUUACUCCACUAAAGGAAGUCUGUCCAAGCCUACAUCAGCGUCAUCUGUCCAGUCUAGGAACACCAAAUCUCAGUCUAGCAGUGCCUCCACUGACAGGAGACUCACUGAGGCCUCCAGCUCAGAGCAGAUCAAUGGAGAGGGAGCCACAAGGCAGGCUGAAAAUAAGCCUAGGCAAGGUUUCUUAAAUGCAGCGGAUAAUGGCACUGUUGCUUUGAGGAGGGGCAGUCUCUCUGGGGAGAGCAGAGUUAACAAAAUGGUUAUUGAGACAGAGGAUACAUUGGCCAUGUUGAAAAAAGCUAGCAGUGUUCCUGCUGUUCACAAACAUGGUCACCAUAAGCACAGGGCCCUGUCUGCUAACUCUGACAUUUCCUCCACUAUUGAGUCUAUACAGGAGCUGAAGCAGUCCCUCCUGACAUCUGCUCAUAAAGCAAACUUAAAUCCAACCACAGGGCGUUACAUAGAGCGCAUUGUGCAUCAGACAGACAAAGAACUGGAAACAAUAGCUGCAGAACUGAGAGAAGCUGAGUAUGAAAAGCAAAUGGAGUCAGACUUUCAACAAGAAAGAAGAGAGUUCUCUGUGUCCAGUGACAUGAAGUACAGACUCAGUAGAAAUAAAGACUCAGUGGAAGUGACACUGAAAGGAGGAGAGUAUGUUAAGGGGGAGUUUGUUCCAGUCCAGCCCAUGGUGCAUACAGCCCAAGGCAAACACAGUAGACAGUGGCAGUACUUUUCCAAAGAUGAAGAAAGUGUGGGGGCAGUAGAAAAAGGAAAAAAUGAAAACAAUAACAACAGUAUGCAACAGGGACGGAGUCAUAAUAACGGCAUGGGAAUGGGAGAUAAGAGUAGGAGUGUAGAGAUAGAGGAAUACCAUGUGAUAGCUGAUGAAGAUCUGAAUGGAAGGUUUGGAAGUGGUAAUAAUGAGGAAAGGCAGCAGAGGAGGAGGUUCAGCAGCACAGACAGCGGCCAGAUGGUUACCAAGUGCCGAUCAAGACUUUGGAAUCUGUCCACAAAAUCUCAGAAUUCCCAGCAAGCGCCCACAAAGAUUUCUCUGAUGAUGACCAGAGGUCAUGAAAGGGAGACAGUGGACGUCCCGUAUGGAGGAACAUUCCGUCCCAUGUCCAGGUCACGCCCUGCACUGCUCAGAAAUAUGAAGCUCACAUACAAUAAAAAGAGGUAGCACAUGCAAGACCUGGCAUAUCUGCUAGCAGAAUACAACUGAAAUGUAGUUUGAAGGCCAUUUGCACACCUGUGACGCAAUCUCAAUUUUUUUUUUUUUUUUACCAAAACAAGUUCUGAUAGUAAAAUCCAACUUGGUUUUUGAUCAAAAUGC